CCCUUGCCGGCUGGCAGGCUGGGCUGCUCAGGAGGCUUCUUCGAACCGCCUCCUCUCCCUCCCCCUCAGCGCGGGGCUCCGAGGAGGCCGGGGAGGGAGGUAGCCAGCCGCUCCCCGCGACGGGGCAGGGGCUGGCGGGAGGAGCUCGAGCCCCGAGGAGAGGGAUGCACCCAUUCAGCCGGGAGGCUCUCCAACACAAUGAGUGCCACCUCAGUCACGAGUUGUGCCUUGCCACCACCACUUGGGCCCGAACAAGAGGACCAAGAGUGCUCUGAGACACACAUGUCUGUUUUGUGGUAUGCAGGGCAGCUUGCAAUUACUUAUUAUGAUACAGAAGAUUGCUCAGUCUACUUCAUGCCUGACAUACCUGAUAAUGAAGACCUCAAGCUACUGCAUAAAGUGAUUGGGGAAGUUAAUCCUCAAUGCAUAGUGACCAGUGCAAAACAGGACCAAAAUAUUGCCAAAUUCCUCACCAACCUAACAGCUACUGCUGGUGAUAAAGAUAUAGGAAAACCAGAAAUUGUCCUGUUUCCUAACAUAGAUUUUGGCCUAGAAGUCAGCAAGCAACGGAUCCUAUCUAGGCAAUUUCCAUUUAUCCCAUCUCAUAUGACUGCAACAGAGAAAAUCCUCUACUUGUCCUCAGUCAUCCCUUUUGAGAGCCCACUCAUGAUACGAGCCCUAGGGGGACUCCUUAAGUUCCUAGACAGGAGAAGGGUUGGAGUUGAGCUCGAAGAAAGCACUAUUGCAGUUCCUAUUCUGGCCUUUAAAAAGUUUGUGCUGUCAGAUAUUGUGAAUAUGGACCAAGACACUUACUGUGUCCUGCAGAUAUUUAAAAGUGACAUCCAUCCUUCUGUGUACAAGCUGUCCAGUGGAUUAAAAGAAGGAUUCAGUUUAUACGGAAUUUUAAACCGUUGCAGGUGCAAAUGGGGAGAAAAACUGCUGAGGCUGUGGCUCACACGACCUACUCGGAACUUGACAGAGCUGAACAAACGGCUAGAUGUUAUCCACUUCUUCCUGCUGGCUCAGAACUAUGAAACAGUCCUCACUCUUCAAGGUUGCCUCAAGAAUAUUAAAAAUGUGCCUCUUAUUCUGAAAAGAAUGACUCUUUCCCACACAAAAGUUAGUGACUGGCAAGCACUCUAUAAGACAGUGUACAGUGCAGUGUGCCUUAGAGACACAUGUCGUUCUCUGCCCAACACUAUUGAACUCUUUCAGACUAUUUCGCGUGUCUUCACUGAUGAUCUGCACUACAUUGCUAGUCUAAUCAGCAAAGUGGUGGACUUUGAAGGCAGCAUCUCAGAGAACCGCUUCACUGUUAGACCAAAUGUGGACCCCACCAUCGAUGAGAAGAAACGGAAGCUGAUGGGACUGUCAGACUUCCUUACAGAAGUGGCACGAAAAGAACUGGAGACCUUGGACAAUCAUAUUCCCUCCUGUUGUGUUAUCUACAUUCCUUUGAUUGGGUUCCUUCUCUCCAUUCCACGGCUACCAACUAUGGUGGAUAAGAGUGACUUCGAAAUCGAAGGCUUGGACUUCAUGUUCUUGUCAGAGGAUAAACUGCACUACAGAAGUGCUAGGACUAAGGAGCUAGACAGCCUGCUGGGUGACUUGCACUGUGAGAUCAGAGACCAGGAAACACUUAUUAUGCACCAGCUGCAGACAAAGAUCUUGGAGAAGUCUGAAGUGCUUAACAGUGUGAUUGAGUAUACUGCACACCUAGAUGUGCUACUAGCUUUGGCAGUGAUGGCCCGGGAGAAUGCCUACUGCCGGCCAUGCUUUACUCACCGCCAUGGCUUCCACAUCAAGGGUGGGAGACAUCCACUCAUGGAACUAUGUGCAAAGACUUUUGUGGCCAAUCCUGUGAACAGUGGCGAGGCUACCAGACGAAUAAAGAUCAUCACAGGGCCAAACUCAUCUGGAAAGAGCGUCUACUUAAAGCAAGUAGGUCUUAUAGUAUUCAUGGCUCUAAUUGGCAGUUAUGUCCCUGCAGCAGAGGCAGAGAUUGGAGUAAUUGAUGGGAUUUACACAAGAAUCCACAGUAGGGAAUCAGUUUCUGUAGGGCUGUCCACUUUCAUGAUUGAUCUUAACCAGGUUGCCAAGGCAGUAAACAAUGCCACAGAGAGGUCCUUGGUACUUAUCGAUGAGUUUGGUAAAGGGACCAACACACUGGAUGGUCUGUCCCUUCUGGCUGCUGUCCUGAGGUACUGGAUCAGUCAAGGAACACAGUGUCCACAGGUCUUUGUCUCCACUAAUUUUCACAGUUUAAUGCAGCUAGAACUCCUGCCUGACACACCUCUUCUGGAGUACCUGACCAUGGAGACCCACCAAGACGGAGAUGAGUUGAUAUUUUUCUAUCAGAUCAAACAGGGCGUGUCCACUGUUAGUCAUGCUGCCAACAUUGCUGCACUAGCAGGAAUGCCAGCCAAAAUCAUUGAAAGAGGAGUGGAAGUGUCAGAACUGAUUCGCAGUGGAAAAGCUAUCAAACGUAUUGAUCAUCCUUCAAAAGGAGAUCGAAUGGAAAAAUGCAAGUCUGUUGUGGAAAAAUUUCUUUGCCUAGACCUUGAUGAUCCCCAUGUGGACUUAGAAGAGUUCAUGCGUAAAGAAGUGCUGCCUUCUGCAGCCUCAGUCCUGUAA